AUGGUGGAAUCAGCACCUAAGAGGACAUCUACAGCCCUGAAUGUCAGCAGAGACCAGGACAACUCGAUGAGGCCCCAGAUUCCCUGUAAGGUCCUUGUUUCAGACGGCCACCGGGACAAGACCAAAGGAACCAGUUCAGUCCUCUGCACAAUCGUGCCGCUCUCCACACCCUGUGGAUCUUCCACGCGCAUCAGUCCCCGGAACGCAGCCCCCCACACAGACAACCUAAAGACAAGAGAAACACGUGAGCCUCCCGCGCAUAUCAUCCUCCCGAACGAAUCUCCGCAGCUUAGCCCCGGCUUCGAGCAGCAGUGGUACAAGAGUCCUCUGGCGGAGACCGGGCCUGUUAUUGACAUGCCGGUGCCGUCCAGCUACAAUGACAUCACACAAGACGCCCAAAUCCGGGAUUUCAUUGGCUGGGUGUGGUAUGAGAAGGACGUAUGGGUGCCGGCGCGCUGGAUCCAGGACCGAGGAACGCGGAUCGUGCUCCGAGUGGGAAGCGCUCACUAUUACUCCGUGCUUUGGGUGAACGGGGUCAAGGUGACCGAGCACGUGGGCGGCCAUCUCCCGUUUGAGGCGGACAUCAGCGGCGUGCUGCGGCAGACGAGCGGGAAUCAGUGUCGGAUCACCAUCGCUGUCAACAACACUUUAACUCUUGAGACGCUUCCACCGGGAACCAUCCAGUACAUGACCGAUCGCAGCAGAUACCCCGUGGCUACUUCGUUCAGAACCACUAACUUUGAUUUCUUCAACUACGCUGGAAUACACCCGACCGGUCCAUGCUCUACAACCACACCGAAGGCGCACAUUGAUGACAUCACAGUGGAGACCGCGUUCUCUGAUAACAUCGGGCUGGUCAGUUUUAACGUGUCUGUGUUGGGCAGCUCUAAAGCCGCUGUGAAAGUCACGCUCUCGGCUCAAGACGGCAGGUGUGUGGCUUCGGCCGACGGCUCCAGAGGAGUCCUCAAAGUCACAGACGUUAACCUGUGGUGGCCGUAUCUGAUGCACGAAAACCCAGCUUACCUUUACUCCAUGGAGGUUCAGGCGACAGCAGAGGACGGACAGACGGACGUUUACACUCUUCCUGUGGGAAUUCGUACCGUUAAAGUCACCAGCACACAGUUUCUCAUCAACAACAAGCCGUUUUACUUCCACGGGGUCAACAAACACGAGGACGCAGACACGCAGUUUUGGGAAUGUUUCUCUGGCUCAUCACCUGACCGUCAUGGAGGAGCUGGUCCGGCGGGAUAAAAAACCACCACAUCU